UUUUGCGUUUUACGACUAAUCUACUAUUAUGACGUAAACGUAAAUGAUCUGACAAUCAGCGACUUGCCGGCAUUUUAUCAACGAUAAAAGAUUGAGAAAAAAUAAAUACAUUAUUUAUCGAUAAUUGUGCGUGACAUUGAAAGAGAUUAAUUUUGAAUGAAAAACCUCUGUUGAACAGAAAAUCUUGCUGUAUCAACUCUUGUACAAAAUGGAUAAACUUGCGGAGUUUGCUGGAGACAUGCAGAAGUUCUUGUUAAGGAAGGAGAAAGAAUUUGGCGAAUUGAAAUUUGUUUCAUCUCGUGCGACGGAGGAUACUUCAUGUUUUAUCAAUGAACUGAUGCAGACUGUUGUCAACAUUUUUGAAAAAUACAAUAUUCCGAAAGAAUUUUCAGACAACGAACAAAAGACCAAAGGUAGCAUUAGUACGAUCCCAAUCGUCGCGCAGUGCUACAACUAUCUUCUAUUGAACACACAUUUUUCCUCACAGGAGCUUCUUACAGAGGAUAUUUCAUGUGGUCAUAUGGUUGAUAUAUGGCCUGCUCUAUCACCGUAUCUCUUCAUACAGAUAAUAUGGCGGCUAAAAUAUGAUGAAGUACUAGUUGAAUCACUCCAACACAUACCGUUGGACCUAUGUGUGGACGUCUUACAGAUAACAAUCAAAUGCAUAAACGAAUUGGAAGCCGAGCGAGCUAUAUCCCUGACUUUUAGUCUGAUGAAAAGAAUCUAUUGUAAAUGUUUAUCGCUACAUCUGGGUACAAUUUCGGCAGAAGAUGUGAUGAAAUGCACAAACCAAUUGGUGGCAAGCUUUCAGAUGUUACUAGAUUUGAUUGGAAAGUUCGCAAAUUUCCCCGACAUGCCCGAAGAGAAAAAGUACGAGCAACAUGGCAUUCUUUUAAAGCGCAUUCUUCGCCACAUCAAAUUGUACAUGUGUGAAAAGAAGAAGGCUUACACGACGGAUCCAGAUUUCGAUUCCUCGACAAACCCGUACAAACUUGCGUACGGUGAUCCCGAUUCCUGCCCGAAUUACAAACAUACACUUUCUAUCGACGAAGUUAAUCUACUUGUAACAAGAAUAGACCAAGAAUUAAUCACUCUGUUAUUAAAUCAAAUCAAGCAGGUGGAUUGCUUUGAGUACAUGGGUUGGGCGGAAGUCGACGAUGUGGAGAAUAACGUAAUCACGCUGCAGCGUGCCAUUAUUAUUGAGUGCUAUCAUUUUAUGAAAUUCAUGAAGGAGGAUGAAUUUCUGAUGGAAAACGAUCAUCUGAGCCAAUGCUUGCAGCAGCUUAUAGGUUCGGAGAGCUCGGAGAACUUGGAGAAAUCCAUCUUAACUCUUCAAGAACUCUGCCAUGAUAUUGCCAAUGGCAGACCAGAAGACAUGAAAGAAUUGUUAAAGCGCUACAAGGAAUGGGACCAGUCUACAUUGAGCUUCAUCAACGAAAAGAUGCAUUUGUUAGAAAAGAACGACAGCUUUUUCUUACUCGAGUAUCUCGAUCACAUUUUCGGAAAUCCUUCGCAUAGCAAAGAAAGAAAGCACCAGGCGUAUGCAUCGAUAUUGAAGAUCAUGUUGCAACUGAGCGCAGUGAAUAUGUACUUUAUUGUACUGAAAUACACGAACCAACACUUCCAGGACAAUCAUUUAGAACACCUAUACAGUCAGAAACAUUUCGAGGCAUUCGUGUCUCGCAAUGAGAGCAUGCGUGAGCCUGUGAGGAUGCGUACCCUUCUGAAUUUUGCAUUGCUAAAUACGAAGAAGGUGCUGACUACUUUAGUGAAAAUUGUGAUAGGCUAUACCGAAUACAAGGAUAUUAUCUUUACGCCAUACGACAUGCUGCUGUUGCGACCGUUUCUCUGCAUAAGGCAGACAGGCCAAUGUAGUUUACUGGCAGCUAUUCUAAAAGAGGUUUGCGUGCACAACAGUAAUUGGAACUCAAAGAACUUUACAGAGUUUAUAAAAAUCAUGCUGGAAAAUCAGGCGAUAAAACCAGACGAUCUGAUGAACAACAUUUAUAUUCCUUAUCUAGUCGACACUUCCUUCCAGGACAAUCUUUCGUCCAUUCUGGCUCUCGUAUACGAUACUCUGACUGAAAAGGAUUGUGUGCACAAGAUAAAUUAUACGCUGCUGAUCACGGCACUAGCCAAGAAGAUGUCGUUGAUAAGAAAGUGUCAUCCGGAUUACACGAGAUCUAUCGUGAACAGCGUAGUGACCAAUAUAAUGCGCAUAAUAUUCUUCCCGUUCCAUGCACGGAACUUAUUGACGGCAAGUCAACGGUGCGAAGUGCAGAACACAAUCAGCGAUUAUUUGGAACCGAUAGAUCGGAUACAGCUGUGGCGCGACGCGCACUAUAUGCCAGAAUUGAUUCGAGACUACAAGAGACGUUGCUUCAUCAUACGUCGACGAUUGUGCUCGGAUUCGCAAAGUAGCCCCGAAUUGCGUGAGUAUGCGCAAUCUAUUCAGCUCAAUCAGGACGCUUUCAUAAUGCACAUGAUGUUGCAUGCAACAGAGGAGGAGUUUAAAAGAUUUGCGCUUGAGUUGACAACAGUGUUCUGGUGCCACUUUGGCUGGGUCAACGAAUUUGAGGCGUACAAGAACGUGCUACGCAUCACUUCCGAGGCGGCGCACCUUGCUUUGACAUUCGACGAAACGUUCCCUUCGGACUCAUUCGUCGUGCUGCUACGAGCUCUCGUUUCUUUCUGCGGAGUGUUCGCAAAUAUCAAAGACGUACGCGACCAGGAGAUGAUUUGCUGCUGUUUGCAGAAAACUCUGUUCUUACUAAAAGAAGCAGCUAACAAAACGCGCUAUGGCCAAACGUACAGCCUUCUACUUGCGCGCGUAAAGGACAUUUCCGUCGAUGAAUCCUAUUCUGAUGUAGAAAAUUAUUUUCACGAAAUUAGUGAGUGGAUCGAGAUGUAUCUUGUUCAAUGUGAGACACUGCUGUCCGCUCAGAAAGAAUUGCUAAGCAGUACCUUAGACAAUAGGAUGGACUCGUGCGAGGAGAACUCACGACUUGUGAACGACAAUUGUAUCAGUGAUAAACUCAACAAUCUGUUCGAGGCAUACAAGUUUAUAUGCGCAUGCAUUAACAUGCCAGAGGAGACAUAUCGUUGCAUCGAACGAAUA